AGUAACCCCAAAUCGCAACAAGGGUGCCGAUCGACUCCAUUUUAUUUUCAUUUACAUCUCUCUCGCGUUUAAAAACCUAUAUUUUCUCGUUAUUUCAUAAAUAAACGGAGACUUUUAAAUGAACCUUUGCAAUUAAAUAGUGGUGUGCUGACUGUUUAUUUGUGACUAAAAAGACUGAACUUUUGUUAGCUUACGUAAUAUUUUUUUCUUGAAGAUCCACCAAGUUAUCUUUAAGACGAAAGCACUGGUCGUGCCGCAGCGCGCGACGGCAGCGAUGGCGUAGGGCAUGCUCUGCGGCGCCGUGUGGUCCGCCGCGCCGGUGAGCCUGCGCGGGCUGGCCCCGCCGCUGCCGCCGCGCCCCGCGCUGCUGGCUGCGCUCGUCAUGCACGCGCUGCAUGCCAGCGACGAAGACAGCUUUAUAGAGAAUGGUCUGCUCUCAUACGAGAACCCAAACUACCAUUUGGACCCGGCGCGCCUCGAGUCCGCGAUCUACAGCGACCUCUACGACAUGCACGACGACAAAAUGCCGCUAGACUACGACUACCUCGACAAUAGGAGAGUGGAGGACGAUGCGUCUUCGCCUGUAAACAAAACUAACGAAAAGAGCGGUCUAAUCACACCGCCUCAACAGAAUAGCGGAGGAGAUUCCCCUCCACCGGAGAAGGAGAGGGCUGACCAGGAGGACACAGAGAAGAGUCACUCCGGCUCCGUGCCGCAUUGUGCGGAGGGCCCGAACGAUGACCUCUAUGCUAUUCCUGUCAAAUUGCGACCGAAGAAAGAGACACUGCCUCCUGGAUGGGAGAAACACGAAGACAAUGACGGUCCCUACUACUGGCACAUAAAGAGCGGGACGAUCCAAAGAGAAAUACCAAAGAUGCCGCCCGUUGAAGCGAGAGAGUCGCGCAUAUCCAUGGUGCGCGACUGCUCCAACCUAUCCGACGUCAAAUAUGAGGGUGCCAUGACGUCCUCAGUCACCAGGAGCACCACCAGUGGUGCUUUGGAUCACGUCGAUCAAGAUGCGGAGAGGAAACGGAGAGAAGAAGUCGCGUAUAAGCGUCGCAGUUACCCAGCCCGUCCAGAGCACGAUGGUCGUGCAGUUCGAUUUUUCGUCCGUUCCCUCGGUUGGGUGGAGAUCGCUGAAGCAGACCUCACGCCCGAGCGGUCCAGCCGCGCAGUCAACAAGUGCAUCGUGGACUUGAGUCUUGGACGCAACGAUUUGUUGGAUCAAGUCGGCCGUUGGGGUGAUGGGAAAGACCUCUUCAUGGACUUGGAUGAUGGCGCACUAAAACUGAUCGACCCGGAGAGUUUGAACACAUUGCACACACAGCCCAUACACACUAUCCGGGUAUGGGGUGUCGGCAGGGAUAAUGGACGUGAAAGGGACUUCGCGUACGUAGCCCGCGACAGAGUGACGCGCAAGCACAUGUGCCAUGUGUUCCGAUGCGAAGCGCCGGCGCGCUCCAUCGCCAACGCGCUGCGGGACAUCUGCAAGCGCAUCAUGAUCGAGCGCUCGCUGCAGCCCCCGCCGCGCCCCACAGACCUGCCCGCUGCUAGGCGGCCGAGGCCGCUGUCUGGAGCAUCAUUCCCGACACCAAUGGAGGAGCCUCGGAAGACGGUCCGAGCACGGUAUUUGGGCAGCGCGGAAGUGCCACGAGCGACGGGCAUGGACGUCCUCAAUGAUGCAAUAGACAGACUGGCGGCCGCCAGAGCACCUUCCGCCUGGAGACCAGUCGCAGUGGCUGUGGCUCCCUCGAUGAUUACUAUCACAGAAGAAGGGGAAAGCAAUCCACUGGUGGAAUGCCGGGUCCGCUACCUGUCGUUCCUGGGCAUCGGGCGCGACGUGCGGCGCUGCGCGUUCAUCGUACACACUCCUCAGGAUUUAUUCGUGGCACACGCCUUUCACGCUGAGCCUUCUUCUGGUGCCCUCUGCAAGACUAUUGAAGCUGCUUGCAAGCUGCGCUAUCAGAAGUGCCUGGACGCGCACGGCGGCGCGGCGGGCGGCUGCGCGGGCGGCGCGGCGGGCGAGGCGGCGGCGCGCGCGUCGCUGGGGCAGGCGCUCAAGUCGUUCGUGGGCUCGCUCACCGGCCGCCGCGCCUCCUGAGCUACUCCUGCGGGAAACUCCCAGCGGUCGUUAACGAGGAGCGCUUCCGCAUAACGCGCCUUAGCAGCCGCGCCGAACGCGUAACAUUCGCGAGUACCGCCGAACAUGUAACAUUUGCGAGUAUAACGCAUCCAAACUAAUGAAGUAAAAUCUUGUCCGCCAUAUUGCAAUUUCCUUGUUAGGAAUAUAUUUGAACAUAUUUUCAAUGGAUUUUCUUUCAAUGAAUUUUAUAGCACAACAUUCAUUGAAAAUAAAUUGAAUUAAAAUAUAUUCCUAGAUAGUAAUCACGAUAUGGCGGGAACGAUUUCCCUUUCUUAUGUUAGAUGCGUUAUACUCGCUCCGAACGCGUAACGCUCGCGAGUUUGCGCGAAGAACACACGAAGCAGAUGUGUACUCGCGCUGGACGUUCACGAGAACUCAGGCCUUAUCCAGCAAAGGCAAAUUUGCCGCGUACGUUACAGAAACAGUAGUAACUACACGAGUAGUAACUAUCGAUAUCCUGAAUAGUUUUCAAGGUCAACUAUCGAUGGUCAAACUAUCGAUAAUUUUGCAACACUACACGCAACUAAGGAGUCUCUAGUAUCUCAAAUCACACGAAGGGCCGUGUUGUGUGUGACGCUCAAGUCGAGUCUGGCCUUACUGCCCGCAAUUUACGCGCGAGUUCAAAUUCACGCGAUACUUGUGGACGCGAUGUAUUGACGCAAGACGAUUCGCAGCGAAUUCGUCUCUGCUGGAUAGGUCUCACCGAGCACGUAACGUUCGCGAGCAUUCGCACCGAACGCGUAACACGUACCGCACCCGCACCGCAGGGCACGCUUUCUGCUGCGUUCUUUAUCAUUUCCGAUAAGUAUAAUAAUAUCAAAGCGUUAAACUAUUGGUUGGUACCUAAUGAUAAUGUAAAGUCAGUGAAGCUAUUUUCUAAGUCAUUAUAUUGUAUAUGUAAUUAAAAUUUUAAUUUUGUUUUGUGUCCAAGUCUACGGCAAAAUAAUAUUAUGCUAAUGGCAAAAUAACAAAUACAAUAUGCAAUAAAAACUCGAAUGUAUCUUAAAUAUAAGAAUAUUCUAGGUUGUUUAGAAUAUUCUUAUCAAAAAUGUGGAGAUAAAAAUACCUAGAACUACAUUUAUUUUAGGCUUUUCGUAGCAAAAAUUCAGCUAAACUAAGUUAAUUUAGUUUAUUUAUUCGCGUCAUUGCUUACUUUGUCUAUUUACGAGGACCUGUGCCUAAUCUCUACAACCUAAAAACCCUAUAAUUAAUUCCAUAAUAAAAUAAAAAAACAUUAUGAAGUCUCUACAGCACAAACAAAUUGCUUUACAGAGAGUGAAAGUGUAUCGUGGCCCAUAAUUAAAUACCCCAGUAAGCACCAUAAUAUCUCAACAGUAAUGUUGCCAUGUUGAAGAUUUUCCGCCACUUUUUAGAUAAAACCUGCCUGUUUCUAAGCUUACAUCAUGCAUAAACAUAUCUAUCUCACGGCCAAUCAUGAUAAAUGAUUAAGUUAUCUACGUCCAUUUCAUAUUGAUAAAUACUUAGUUAUUAAAUUUACAUAGGAAUCACUGCUUUAUCGCCGAGUUAAGAUUUGUUCACACUCCAAUGUUGACCGCGUGCUGUGUAGCGUAGUUCUUGUAAAAAGCCUUUACUUGCAAUGAAAAAUAUCAUUAUAAUAAUCCUCAUGCCAUUAAAAUAUAAUGAUCUGUUUCAAUAAAGACCGACUGAAAAGUAAAUAACAUACCGUAUCUAGGUACCUAAAUAAUAAUACUUUCUAGUAUUGAUCUAUAUUUUAACCAAAAAAUUAACAAUGUAAUCAGUCAGUAUAGAUACCUAUAAUUAAUUUGACUACUUUGACUUUAGUGAAUUUAUAUGAAUAUUUUUUUAAAAUAUAUUUAGAUUUACUUUAAUCGCGCAUAAAAUUGGACAUUUAAUCAAUUCUACCUGUUAUUUACUUUUCGUACAGUUUUUAUAGAAACAUAGAAAGUAAUUCUUGAACCCUGAGUAUAUAAAUAUUAUAUCGCUGAAAGCAUUGAUGUUGUUCACAACUUUAUGUAUAAAAAAUUGUAGGUACAUAUUUAUGUUGAUGGUCUCAUAAUUUUAUAGUUACCUUAAUACCUAGUCGUAGUAAAUAUUUACGUUAUGGUUUUGUAAAUUUUAAGUCGAUAUUUUAAAAUGUGUAGGUUUAAGUCGCUGACCGUUUCAAAGAACGGUUUAUAGUCAAGUUUACGCUGUAAAAUUAAACACAAUCAAUAAUUUGAGAUAUUAGUAAUUAUAUUAAGUAAAAUAAUUCGACGCCUGUAUUGCCAUAUUUAAGAAAAAUCCCCAAAUCCACGGGGCUCUUAUAAGAUGCUACAGUAAAAAUUAGAAGUGGCAACACUAAGGCGUUAAUUAUUAGUUAGGCUGCGUGUAGACUAACGGAAAAAACGAUUGUAUUGAUGUGAAAAAAAAAACUAUUUAAACAAUAAUCAAGUUAUCAAUUGUGAAGUUUAACAAUCAUUUCUUUUGUCAAAAAGGCUAUACCUAACGACAAUUUUGAUUGAUAAUAAUUUUAAAAUAUCAAUAUAGUAAAAAAAAGUUAUUGAUGUGUAAGAAUCAUUGCGGCAGUUGCAAUAUUUAACACAUUAUUUUAACCUGUAUUUAAGGCAUAAUUAAGAUCAAAGUUAAUAUAUAAUGUUAAUAGAUUUAAUAUGCUAUGAUUUAAUGGCGUUUGUACAUAUAAUUUGAUGAAUGGAAUUUAAAUAACUUUAGUUUAGUCAAAUGGAAUGAUACUUGGUAAAUUUCCAACAAGAGACAUAAAAUAAUGAGAAAUUUUAUGUUUCUAGUUGCAAAGUUUGUUUCGAGCACGGUAUGAAGAAAUUGUGUCACUUAAGGGCGGCCACAUACUUAGCUACUAACUUUUAUAUUGCUUAACUCAACCGAAUAAAAAUGACAAUUUAUAAAUGAUCUUACUAUAGGUCAGAAUAUAAGUUGGCAAAUUUGACAUGAUAAAAUCAUUUUCAGCUUAAAGUUGCCAUUUAUAGUUUUCUAAACUUGUGUCAGCAUUUUAGUAGCUAAAUAAGUGUCCGUUCUUACUAAUUUCUUGAAUUUGAAUGGAAUAUCACGUUGGAUGUAGAAUAGCUAUACAAAUAGGACUCUACGUGUAUAGGUAAAGAGUUUAUUUUUGCUUAAGCUUGUAUAAAAUACGUAUUGAAUUGCGAAAGAUAAAAUAUUUUUGGUAAAAACAUCGCGAUGAAUAUUGAUCUUGAUAUAUUUACGAUGUUUAGCUUAUCAUAAAUUACUUUUUGGCGCUAAAAUGCCACUAUACAAUACAAAACGACGUAAUUUUUAAAUAACUAUUCACAAAUUAAUGUCUAUUUAUUUGCCAAUUUGGCUAGAAUCAGAAAUAUUAUAUUUUUUAUCGCAUGCCUCACUGUAACAAGGGUGUCUGAAAUCGUUGAGCUUUCAAUAACUAUAUAUUUGUAUUUAUAUCCUAAAAAUAUGCGCGAUAUGUAGAUACAAGCAAAAUAAAUCUCUAAACGCCAUUUUGUGAACAGUCAGAACAAGAUGGCCAUUAAAAAUGUCAAUGUAGUCACGGUGUGGCAUAAAUAUUUAGUUUAUUUUAAAGUGAGUGUAUAAAUCAGUAAACUUGUGUAAAUAGGGCGGCGGGACCCACGUAAGUAAACGGCGAAUUAACGUGAAAGCACUGAAUCUGAAACAUAUAAUAACGUGUUUUUGUGUCUAUAACAGUUUUAAAAUAGUAUAUCUAAAUGUAUGUAUGUAGUGAGGAUGUCUAUGACCUUGUGCAAAAUUUUCCUGCCUUUGCAGUAGAUUAAUUAUUUAAAUAAAAAGAAAAAGUUUUGUUAGCAACAAGGUCAUUUUCGUGCCUCAAAAAUAGACUAAGGCGUUCAUUAGAUAUCACAAAUUAGCUUCAAAAUAUACCUGCAUACCUACUUCAAAUACCUAUUAGUGAUCAAUGUUGCUUGUCGUAUGGAAACUUCUUAUACAAUCGAUUUAAUUCAAUAAUGCCGGUCGGCUAUUUAUAUUUGUCAUGUUGGAAAUGUUUUACUUACUAAACACGAAUACGAAUUUUCGAUGGUUAACCCACUUUGGAUAUCGGGAGUCAGGAUAGAAUAGGUAACCUUUUUCCUUUGCUUAAAAUGAAAGUACGAAAAGUAUUGUCAAUAUUUAAUCUUAAACGAAUUAUAUUUAUUCAUGUUUACGAAAUUUACCGGCCGGCGUUAAUCAAUUAGAUCUAUUGUAAAUGACACACUGAGUUGUUCUUAUUAUACGUAAACAUAGUUUUAUUCACACGUUAAUGUUAAGUAUCUAUAUGUCAUUGUUUACACAAAAUGAUAUUCAUAUAUAACGGGUGGUUAAUUACUAGCUUAGGGACUGUUUUUUAUAUCGCAAACUGAAAAGUGUCAUAAUUUUUGCCUAUACUAGUUAACAAUCACGUCACUAUAAUAUUAUGCAGUAUUUAAUGUAUCUAAUAAAAUUGUAUUGGUGUGUGAAUCUUUUAUAAAUUACGUGACAUAAUAAUAAUAUUAUGAUUAUGAUAAUAAUUGUUAAUACAUAUUGGGUGAAACAAAUGUUUUACACAACUUUAUAAUGGUAAUAUUACUUUAGGAGUUAAAAAGCGUCUUAUAUUACAAUGUGAACAUGUUAUUAUAACGUAUAUUUUAUAAUCUGUAGUAACUUUUCUGAGCGUUGUAAACUAAUAUAAUUUUAUAAAAAUCGGUCCCAAAGCGCGGCGUUUCGUCCGCUCGUGUGUAACCACCCUUAGUUGCAAUAGCUCGAUUGCAAGCUUUUGACUGCCCCUUAUCGGACGAAGUGUAUGUCAAUAUUUUCUAUAAAAUAUAAACUUUAUAACGUAGUCAUUAGUUAGCUUCAAAAUUACAGUUUCUCGCUCACGGAUGGGUUAUCGGUGGGGAUUACAAUUUAAACCGUCAUCGCUUUGACAGCUUAAAAGCCUUAAGAUUGUGGCUUUUACUAAAUAAUUUUGUGAAAUUAAUAAAAAAAAUUAUUAUAAACACA